AACGAGGCAUUCAAAGUGAAAAGUCACACAGCUAAGUGAAAUAAUUAUUAAAUAUAUAUCAAUUUUAUAUAUGCUUACAACUAUGUGCCUAACAUAGUAACUUAAAUAACUGUGCUCCUCUACAGGAGACAUAAUCGUUGUGCGCGUGUGUGUGUGAGUGUUCCUGUGUGUGUGUGUUUCUUGUGUUUUGUUGUACUGGAAAAGCUGAUAAAGUGAAGCUGCCUGCCUGCGUGCCAUUUUUAUUGCCCAAAAACUCGAAAUAGUUGCAAGUGUUAACAGAUUAUUGCUCUUGGCCCAGACGUGAUGACGUCCACUAGCAAUCUGGCCGAUGUUGUGCGCCAUUAUCAACGCAGCAUUGAACGCCAUCCCGAGGAUGAGACACGCCUGCUGCACUGCAUCACAAAGCUGUUUAAUCUGCCAAUUACAUUCGAGCAUCUGCAGGAAACUGGAAUCGGGAAGACGGUGAAUGCACUGCGGAAGAUAAAUGGAGAAGUUGGCGUUGCUGCCAAAACUCUAGUCACUAAAUGGAAGGCAAUGGUCGCUGCCGAGGAGGAGCCGGCGGGACAAGGUAAUCACACUGAGGAAGAUUCAAAUCGAUCGAAUGGUCGACGCUCCAGUGAUGAGGAACAGGAUCAGGAGAACAAGGGAAGCAAUUCCUCUGGCGGCGAGGACAAGUCCAAGCAUGAAUCACGACGUCCCAAAAGCAGCGAUCAUAAAAGUAAAUCCAGUAGCAGCAGCAGCAAAAGUCACUCCAAAAGCAGCAGAUCCGACAGUGAUAAGAGGCACAAGAGCAGCAGCGAUGAUAAGACAAUUUCCAGGAGCAAGGAACACCGCAAGGAGCAGAAGAGCAGCAGCAACGGCAGUGAGCAUAGAAAGUCCAAGGAAUCACUCAGCUCAACUCCUGCCAAGUCCAGCAGCAAUCACAGCAAUCAUAAGAGCAACCACAGCAGCGACAGCAGCAACAACAACAACAAGCAGAAGCAUCACAGCAGCAGCAGCCAUAAAAGCGAUCACAGCAAAUCCAAGCAUGACAAGAUCAAGGAGGACAAACAACAUCACAGCAACGAACCAAAGCUGGCCAAAGAGAAAAGCGAUAAACACAAAUCUUCCUCAACGUCAUCGUCAUCCUCGAAGCGAACACGCAGUCCACAUCGACUAGAUGAUGAUUCCCCUCAGUCAAAAAAACCAAAAAGCAAACCCAAAUCGGAUGCAGUUGAGCAGAAGGAGACGGCUGAUGGCUUUGAUUCCAGUAUGGGUGCGAAUUUCGAUGAUGUUCUCGGCAUGCUCAACAUCCCAAUAAGUGGCAAGAAGAAUUCACUAAAGCUCAAGUCACCCAACAAACCAACAUCAACAACAGCACUAACAAAUUCAACAGUCAGCACAGGAUCUGCAGCUGCUCCAAGUGCAGCCAAACGAAUUGCAACGACAGCAACAACUUCUAGCAGCAGCAGGAUCACAAGCACAAGGAAACCCGAGCUGCUGGCAUCUUCGGCCAAGUUGGAACCGCUGGAUCCCAGCAUAGCCCUUGAACUGCCAACAAUAUCCAACAACUACAAACCCAUGCCACUAAAUCAAACGGUCAUGGAUGUCGUCUUCAAUCAUGGUCUCAGCAGCAGCGCCUCCAGAGCACCGCGGAUCAAUGAAUCUGAGGCAUUGGCAGCUGGCAUUUCAUCCAAGACAAUGCGCACCAAAAUCUACUCAGGCGUAAGAACUGGACAAAUUCUUCAAGUUCCGUCGCUCUUUGAUCUGUGUAUACGUGUGCUGCAAAAGAAUAUUGACGCUCUGGAAUACACUGGAGGUGUGCCCUUUGAGGUGCUGCGUCCUGUGCUGGAACGUGCCACGCCCCAUCAGCUAUUAAAUUUUGAAGAGUACAAUCCGUAUUUGAUGGAGGACAGCGAUGUGCUUUGGCAGCAACAUGUGCAUCGGCAUUGUCGCAGUCAGCACAGGGAGGAAAUGGAAACGUGGCGAGAAAUGUUUUUGCGUUGCGAGGAGGAAAAGGCACGCAGACUGAGCGUACUCGCCGAGAGUAUUAAAGCAUCGCAGAAAAUCAGUGAGGCUCCUGUGCGUAAAACUCAAUUGGCGUUUGUUGACACAAUGGUGAAGCCACCACGCAAUGUGCAAAAGAAGCAGGAACAAUAUGGCACCAAAGGGAAAAUGAUUGCCACGCCAGCAGCACGAGUUGCAGCUCUGUCCAGUGUGACGCCCAAUGCGGCCAAGGUGGGAGACGCUCGACUCCGUGUGCUUAACUCUGCCCGUGAUGCUGCACAAGUUUCUGCCCCGAUGCGCAACAGGAAGGCUCCACUUAUGUUAAAGGCAUUGCAACAAAUACGUGGACGUCACAGGCGCUAGUUUAAAGUCAAUUACACUUAAAUCGGAUUCUAAUUGUAUACUCAUUUGUUAUUUAUAUAACAUCCGAAAUAUGUUGAUCUGGUCUCAGGACCAUUGAAAACGAGAUUUUUCAAGUUCCACAAUGCAAAAAAAAUAAUAAUUAUGUGAAACAAAUAAUUAGUUAAAUAGCGUGUCAAUAGAGUUGCCUAUGACUAAAUCACUUAUUUGUACGACAUACACAAUUAAUUUAUUCAUGUUCUGCGCCCAUAUUUAUACAUGUAGCUCGUAAGUUUGAAAGUCGAAUAGUUUAGCAUCUUGUUAAAACAUUUAUCAAUCAACCAAGAAGAAAAAACACUGCUCAUUUAUAUCUAUCAAAUUUCUGUAUCAACAAAAAUUCCUGCCUGGUCUGAAAAUUGUAUGUAAACUAAUUGUACUAUAGGUUCACAAAUUGCAUUAAUUUAAGUUUGAUUAUGUUUUGUUCCAAUGGGCUGUGCGAGUGUCCAAAAUCAUUGUAAGUACAUUUGAUUGUACAUAUACAGAUACAGAUACAUAAAUAUACAUAUACAAUAUAUAGUUAAAAUUUGCAGCGGUAAUAAGAGUUCAUAAUUAUUGAAUUCACUUUUAGACACAUGACUGCUCUUUAUUCAAUUUAUCUAUCAUAAGCUGAAUCAUCAGAUAUAUAUUUAUGAUGAUGUAGAUCAUGUAUGUAUAUAAGCUAUAUACAUCACGAUUUAGUAUAUUCGAUGAUCCUAUCCUAUUUUGCAAGGAGCGUAAUAAUUAUAUUUUUCAAAAUAAAACUUAUUUGUUGGUUUUUAA